AUGAGUGCACCACCUAGACUUAGUGCAAGAACCUCGAUUUUGGAUCAAAAAAAAAAUGCAGCAAAUACAUCAUCAACACAAUUAAAGUCAAGCAGUGGUAUAUCAUCAUCCACACCAAGUGGUACUAGUAGUAUUGGCAGCAGUAGUGGAUUGAAAUCAAGCGGUGGAUUUUCAGCAACCUCCUCAACCUCAUCAAGCCCAAAUAUAUCAAAAAGAAAUUCUGCAAAUUUAUCACAGCAAUAUCAACAAUCGACCACAUUAUCAUCACCACCAUUUAAAAGUCCAACAAAUGCCCCUUCACCAUCCUCUUCCUCACCAUUUUCAUAUUUUUCAAAACAAACAUCGGCCCAAAAUUUAGCAAUGUUAAUCUAUCAAGAUUAUGUCGAUGAACAAUUAUUUUAUAACUCUCCAACAGAGCAAGACGAUGAAGAAUUUGAUCACAUUAGAAAUUUAUUAAAUUCCGAAUAUUCUGUAACUACAGUACAAUCAACAGGUGCAUUAAAGAGUAACAAUUUGGUAGUUAUGAGUUGGAAAAACAAUGCAACUAUUGAACAAAGCGAACAAGAUGAACAAAUCGAAAAUGACAAACGUGAUUUAAAUUUCAUCAAAGAUCAAUUAGCUAAAAAUAACAGUAUGUCAAAACAAAUGGUAUAUAUUUUAGACCGUUUCAACGAUGGUCUAUCUUUACUCGAAAACGAAGUAGCACCAAUCAAUGCAUCGAUGAAAGAAUGGAGUAGUAUUUUCAACAAUAUCAACUCUACCAUGGAUAUGGUUAAAUCAACUCUCGAGAAAUUUGAUGUAGAUAAAAUUGAAAGUAAAAUUAAAGAAGGUGCCAAAGGAGAUUACAUUUCGUAUAUGGCUGCAUUGGAACAUGUUGGUGGUGCAAUCGACUAUCUCAAUGAACACAACCAAUUCAAAUCUGCAGAUAAAGUUAUUAACUCUCUUAAAGACCUCAAACAAUUUGGUCUUAACGAACUAGAAAGCAACUUCAAAUCAUUACUUCUCAAGAUUAGUAACAUUACAGACCCAACCACCAUCCCAAAACUACCCAACUCCAAACGUUAUCUUGCCAUCAUAUCACCAUCUCUAAUUGAAGAAAUUUCAAAAUCAAUAGAACUCUUUGAAAAGCUACACUUUACCUCAUUCUUAAAAGAGUAUAAAGAUAAACGUUCUAAAUUUAUAUUGCUUUCACUUAGAAAAAUGGGACCAGAGAAAUUUAUUAAACAAACUAGCGAAACCAAGAACUUGGCAUACGUCAAAGGCUCACACCCCUUAAUCUCCUAUGUUAGCGAAACCCUUCGUCUUUAUCAAAUCGAAUCAGACUUGGCAAGUGAAUUCUUUGGAAACCAAUAUCAUACCAUAUUAGAGGAAAUCAUUGACCCAGCACACGAAUUAUUAUUAGAAACCACCGAACCCAUUAUUAAAGUUAAAAAAACCCCAGGUGACAAGGUAUUUAGUAUAUUCCCACUAUUAGAUUUAUUCGAUACUUUUACAACACUUUUACCAGACUUUAUAUCAUCGAUUUCUGCCAGAGAUGGCAAACACAUCUCUGAAUUAAAAACUCAAAUUAAACAUCUUCAAGAAACCUGUGCAUCUUUACUAGAUUUCUCAUUAGAAGACGAUAGAGAACAACGUUCCAAAGAUAGUGUUAUUACCGACGCAACUGUUGAUGAAAUUUCUUCAAAUAUGUUAAAUUAUUUCAAACGUUUAAUUGAAUAUAAAUCAUCAGUCGAGUUAUUAUUAAAAUCUCAACAAUCUGCAUCAUCAUCAUCAUCAUCAUCAUCAUCAUCAUCAUCAUCAUCGUCUCAAACAUUUUAUACCUUUUUGGAAAAGAUAUUAAAAAGUCUUAUCAAAUAUUUACAAACAAGAGCAAAAAAAGAUUUCUCUUCCCAACCAGCCACAGAUUUCUUCAAGCCACCAAUCAAAUCUGUUAUAUUUUUAAUAAACAAUUAUAGAUACAUAGCGAGCUCAUUAAAACAAUCAAAUAUACUUGGCGAUAGUGAGAAUGUAAACAAUAAUAAUAACAAUGCUAUACUUCACGAAUUUGAAACCUGCUUAGAUAAUGAAACUAAAGUAUUCAAUUCAUUUUGGAAAACUAUUACAGAUAUUUUAGUAAUUACAAAAACCGGUAAAGAUAAAGAUGAUACAAAAGCAGUUAUUAAAAAACAUACCAAUUUCUUAAAAACUUUAAAUGAUUUAAAUAAAUUAAAAUUCGAUAUACCCGAUUUAGAGUUAAAACAAAAAUUAAAAACAGAUUCAAAGAAUAUAAUUAGUAAAUCAUAUGAUAAUUUUAAAGAAGCUUGUAGAUUAGAAAAAAUCCAUUUAGAAAAAAACUUUACUCCUUUCGAAACUACUGAUGAUAUAAACAGAAAGAUUGAAAAAAUAUUUGACUCCCAAUAA